AUGAACGACACACAACGACGCUACGCACAAAUCGAAAAGGAACUGCUGGCUGUUGUUUUCACCUGCAAAAGAUUCCAUCAGUACGUUUAUGGUAAAACCAUUACUGUCGAAAGCGACCACAAACCUCUGGAAGCUAUUCUCAAAAAACCCUUGUCACAAGCACCGAGUCGCCUCCAGAAAAUGUUAAUGCAGCUACAAGCCUACGACAUCAACUUGGUUUACAAGAAAGGAAGUGAAAUGUACAUCGCUGAUGCGCUGUCACGUGCAUUUCCUCCUGAGAUAAUACCAGAGCAAUUUGAAGAAGACAUAGCUUCGGAGCGAUUCAUCCAUCUGAUGUCAUCCGAGUCUUACGUCACUGACCGGAAACUCCAAGCCAUCAAAGAUGAAAUCCAUACAAACGAAACAAUGCAACUUUUGGUCAAACAGAUACAAGAUGGAUGGCCAGAUCAUAAGAUACUGGUUCCAAGUGAAGUACAACCGUACUACCCAUAUCGCCAAGAACUGACUACCGAAGGUGGGCUUAUCUGCAAGGCCCAUAACAUACUCAUUCCACCAUCAUUGCGAGCUGACACCCUCCAUAAACUCCACCAAUCACACCAAGGAAUUGAGAAGACAACGAGAUUGGCUAGGGAGAGCAUAUUAUGGCCAGGUAUGAAUUCCCAGAUUGAAGAAUUAGUGUCGAACUGUUCCACAUGUCUUCAUCACGCCAGUGCCAACCAACGAGAACCACUUCAUCCACAUGAAAUUCCCUGUCGACCCUGGUAAAAAGUCGGCACUGAUCUUUUUGACAGGAAUGGAAAACCGCAUCUAAUAGUCGUUGACUAUUACAGCCGAUACCCCGAAGUUUCUGAACUUCGAAACACGAAAGCAUGAACAGUCAUCAACAAGACAAAGUCCAUAUUCAGUCGACACGGAAUCCCAGAAAGUGUAGUCUCCGAUAACGGCCCACAGUACUCAUCCGAAGAGUACAAACAGUUCGCUAACGACUACAACUUCAUCCAUAACACUAUCAGCCCGAGAUACCCCCAGUCUGGUGGUCUACAUGAAAAGACAGUCCAAACAGUCAAGAACCUUCUUGAAAAAUGCAAAGUCGCCAAUCAAGACCCAUAUCUCGCGUUGUUAGAUUACCGCAACACCCUUAUAGAUGGCGUCACCCCAGCACAAGCCCUAAUGAGCAGACGACUCCGCUCACCCCUUCCCAUAUCCCAAAGAAAGCUUAAUCCAAAACCUGUCAACAGAACCACUUUCCACGCAGCACGUCAACAACAACAGCAAAAACAACAGAGAAAACACUAUGACCGCACUGCUAAGUCUCUGCCACCAUUAGAAAAAGGUGAUGCAGUGAGAUUUAAGAAAGAUCCUCAAGCAGCAUGGACCCGUGGGACGGUGAUACGAAAGCACGAAGCACCACGAAGCUACGUAAUUAAGGGUGAGAACGGGACGGAAUAUCGACGGAAUCGCAGACAUCUACGAAAGACUAGAGAACAUCAAGCCUAG